CCGGCCCGGGAGCCCCGCGGGCGAGCCGGGCGCGCCGGGGUUAAUCCCUCGGGCCCGGGAGGGGCGAGCCAGGCCCCGUACCCCGGGAUCGGAGGGCGGCGGGGUCCCAGAGCGAGGCACGAGUGCGCGGUGCCAUCCCCUCGGGCUGCGCGACUGCCAGCUUGCCAGCUCCCGGUCCCCGUCCCCCAGCCGGCCCGGGCCUCUGCUGCAGACAUGGAGAAACUCAGCGCGCUACAGGAACAGAAGGGCGAGCUGCGCAAGCGGCUGUCCUAUACCACUCACAAGCUGGAGAAGCUGGAGACCGAGUUCGACUCCACACGCCACUACCUGGAGAUUGAGCUCCGCCGUGCCCAGGAGGAGCUAGACAAGGUCACAGAGAAACUGCGCAGGAUUCAGAGCAACUACAUGGCACUGCAGAGGGUCAACCAGGAGCUGGAGGACAAGCUGUACCGCAUGGGCCAACACUAUGAGGAAGAGAAGCGUGCGAUGAGCCACGAGAUUGUCGCCCUCAACAGCCACCUGCUGGAGGCUAAAGUGACCAUCGACAAGCUGUCGGAGGACAACGAACUCUAUAGGAAGGACUGCAAUCUAGCGGCCCAGAUGCUGCAGUGCAGCCAGACCUACGGCAGGGUCCAUAAGGUGUCCGAGCUGCCCUCGGACUUCCAGCAACGUGUGAGCCUACACAUGGAGAAGCACGGCUGCAGCCUGCCUUCCCCGCUCUGCCACCCGGCCUACGCCGACAGCGUCCCCACCUGCGUCAUCGCCAAGGUGCUGGAGAAGCCGGAUCCUGCCAGCCUGUCCUCCCGCCUGUCGGAUGCCUCGGCCCGCGACCUGGCCUUCCGAGACGGAGUGGAGAAGGCAGGCGCACGGCCCCCGUACAAGGGGGACAUCUACUGCAGCGACACGGCCCUCUACUGCCCAGAAGAACGGCAGCAUGACCGGCGGCCGAGUGUGGACACGCCAGUGGCCGACGUGGGCUUUCUGCGGGCGCAGAACUCCACCGACAGCGCAGCUGAGGAGGAAGAGGAGGCGGCGGCCUUCCCCGAGGGCUUCCGGCAUGAGGCCUUCCCUGGCUACGCGGGCUCGCUGCCCACGUCCAGCUCCUACUCCAGCUUCAGCGCCACGUCCGAGGAGAAGGAGCACGCGCAGGCCAGCACGCUCACCGCCUCGCAGCAGGCCAUCUACCUGAACAGCCGCGACGAGCUCUUCAACCGCAAGCCGCCUGCCGCCACCUACGACGGCAGCCCUCGCUUUGGCAAGGCCACGGCCGCCGUGGCAGCCCCACUCGAGGCCCAGGUGGCCCCAGGGUUUGGGCGGACAGUGUCUCCAUACCCUGCCGAGCCCUACCGCUUCCCGGCCUCCCCAGGCCCCCAGCAGGCGCUGAUGCCCCCAAACCUGUGGAGCCUGAGGGCCAAGCCAGGGGGUUCACGGCUUGCUGGGGAGGACAUUCGAGGCCAGUGGCGGCCCCUGAGCGUGGAGGAUGUGGGGGCAUACUCCUACCCUGCCGGCACCGCAAGCCGUGCCUCACCCUGCAGCUUCUCAGAACGUUAUUACAGUGGCAGCGGUGGCAGCCCAGGCAAGAAGGCUGAGGGCCGGGCCAGCCCCCUCUAUGCCACCUACAAGGCCGACAGCUUCUCGGAGGGCGAUGACCUCUCCCAGGGUCACCUGGCUGAGCCCUGCUUCCUCCGAGCAGGUGGCGACCUGAGCCUCAGCCCCAGCCGCUCAGCUGACCCUCUCCCUGGCUAUGCACCCAGUGAGGGGGAAGGGGAUAGGCUCGGGGUGCAGCUGUGUGGGGCUGGCAGCAGCCCUGAGCCCGAGCAUGGUUCCAGGGACUCCUUGGAGCCCAGCUCCAUGGAGGCCUCCCCUGAAAUGCACCCUGCAGCCCGUCUCAGCCCCCAGCAGGCAUUCCCGAGGACUGGCGGCUCCGGGUUGAGCCGUAAGGACAGUCUCACCAAGGCCCAGCUCUAUGGAACCUUGCUCAACUGACUGCCACCAGCAGGCUGCAGUCAGGGCCCCACCCACCCCUCCCCAUCCCAUCCAGGGCAUAGCUGAACCACAUGCCUCCUGCCCCUGCCAAGUAAUACCCAGUUCCUCCCAACCCUCACCCAUCACCCCAGUAGAGCCUGAGAGUACCCUCUCUACCAUCAUCUGUCCACCCCAGCCACCACUGCGCACCCAGUACGCUUUCACAUACUGCGCCCUUUCCCGAAGUGAGCAUCCCCCGUUUUUUAAGUGAAACUAUUUUUAUAGGGUAAAGGGUGUUUCUUCACGCACUUGCCUCCAGCUCCUGGACGGCAACCUUGGCCUUUCCCACAUGAAGCUCCUUCAUUUUCUGGUGAGGGUGCGUGGGGCCUGCCCCAGGGGGAGGGAGGCCAGGGCCCUGGGGAGGCCACUCUCCACAAGUGGAGAGAAGCCAACAAGCCAGUAACAAGGGAUCCCUGAAGUUCUGUACACCGAGAAGGGGAACUGAAGCCACUUAGGGCACAGGAAAUGUCUUACACACCCGUCUCUCAGUGCAGCCAGCACUCCACCCUGAGCUCUGCCACAGCCCAUAGGCCUGAGCGGGGCUGGGAACACCCCAGAACAGCCGGUGCUCGUUCCUCCCUGCCCCCGCUCCUGCCACCACCUGACUCUACCUCAGACAUGAGGCCCCUCCCACCCCUGUGCACCUGUCGUCUGUGAUGCAUGCUGUCCCGUUACUAUUGUACUUUGCAUUCAUUAAUAAAGGACACCAGUAGAAAGAA